AUGUCAAGUUCAGAACGACUUCGGGAGAGUGAGGCUCCGCAAUCACAGGUCACUGUCAUAGCAGGAGGACAAGCUAUAGCCAACCAGAACGAUUACAUUGAUGGCUCCACUCAUAACGAGUUCUCCAGCGACUCGGCGGUGUAUCAAGCGGGGGUUAACGUCGUUGUCAUGAAUGUAGUCAGCCCAGAAGGAACCCCGACAGGGUCACCCUCUCAUACUCCUCCCGGAACGCCCCCAGCAGCAACGCCCGCAUCAUCUCGUCCCUCAAGUCCGUUUCCCCCAGGAAGUUCGACUGGGCGCCCGUCGCGACCGGCCAUUAACGUUCCGGUCUUCGAGUAUGGCUCUGACUAUCAUGAAGUCUCGCGCGAGCUAGAGGACGCUCUCAGUCAAGCCAUACGGUCGUUCCAGCGGAAUGGACUAAAGAGACUGACACCCUCGUAUCGGAAUCGGGAUGUGAACAUGCAAGGGCUGGACGUCGAUUCAGGAACGGCCAAUUCAUCCAUGGACGAAGACAUUACUGUUGAGCCGGAGACUGGCAGUCGAUCCAGAGGUCUGAGAAUGUUUCAGGGGAAAACCAGAGGUCGUUAG